CAGACUCGCGCUCUCUACCACAUCUGCCAGAGCAGUCACGCUGUUCGCAGGGAAAGCCGCAUCAAAAGGGGCAGAAACGACCGACUGAGCACAUGUUCAACGACAUGACCCUUCCGUGGAAAGCGAUUUUUACCGGGAUCUUGUGUCUAACUCAAUUCACACGCAUCUCAGCCUUUAACCUUGAUGCCCACAAUGUCCUCAGGAAGGACGGAGAAGCCGGCACUUUGUUCGGCUUUUCUGUCGCCUUGCACAGGCAACUGAAGCCGGCUGACAGAAGAAUGCUGCUCAUUGGAGCUCCUCGUGCCAAGGCCUUGUCCAAUCAGGGAGCCAACAUAACAGGAGGCCUCUACAGCUGUGAAAUCACUGCCCUGUCCAAUGACUGCAAGCGCAUUGUUUUUGACAAUGAAGUGGAUAUGAAAUCUGAGUACAAAGAGGACCAGUGGAUGGGUGUGACGGUGGACAGUCAGGGACCAGGAGGCAAGAUUGUGACCUGCGCACAUCGCUACCAGAGGCGGCUUUUUGUAAACACGCCCCAGGAGUCCCGGGACAUCACAGGCCGCUGCUACGUCCUCAGUGAGGACUUGAGCAUCGACGCCUUGUCUGAUGAGGAUGGGGGCAACUGGAAGUUCUGUGAAGGACGAGCGCGGGGUCAUGAGCGCUUUGGGUCCUGCCAGCAGGGCCUUUCAGCCACCUUCACCAAGGAUUACCAUUAUGUGGUGUUUGGAGCUCCUGGUGCCUACAACUGGAAAGGCAUUGUGCGAAUAGAGCAAAAGAACAACACUCUGUUGGACCAAGGAAUUUAUGAUGAUGGCCCGUAUGAAGUCGGGGAUGAAAGUCAGUUGAAUCCUGAUCUAGUGCCAGUUCCUGCUAACAGUUACUUAGGUUUCUCUCUGGACACGGGAUACAACAUCACAAAGAAGGGUCAGCUGACCGUAGUGUCUGGGGCCCCCAGAGCCAAUCACAGUGGUGCCGUGGUCCUGUUCAAGAAAGAGGUGACAGUAUCCAACAUGCUGUCUGCAGAGUACAUCCUCGAAGGACCAGGGCUCGCGUCCUCCUUUGGCUAUGAUGUAGCAGUGGUCGACCUCAACAAAGACGGGUGGCAGGAUAUUGUGGUGGGAGCCCCUCAGUUUUUUUUGAAAGAUGGGGAGAUUGGGGGGGCAGUGUACGUCUACAUCAACCAAAUGGGAAAAUGGGACCAGGUAAACCCCAUCCAGCUCAAUGGCUCCAAAGACUCUAUGUUUGGACUGGCGGUGGAGAACAUCGGCGAUAUCAACCAGGACUCGUUCAGUGACAUUGCUGUCGGCGCACCCUACGAUGAGGGUGGAGCAGGAAGAGUGUAUAUUUACCAUGGUUCUGUCAGCGGAAUUCUCACAAAACCAGCACAGAUCCUUAAAGGAGUAGAUCUUAAUAUCAAGCUAUUUGGAUAUUCUUUGUCGGGAAACAUGGAUCUGGACAGAAACUCCUAUCCUGACCUUGCUGUUGGGUCUCUUUCUGAUGCAGUGUUUGUGUAUAGGUCAAGACCAGUUAUUAGUAUCAAGAAGGAUGUAAAGAUUAUACCUAAGCAAAUUGACUUGACAAAGAAAACAUGUGGGAACAAUAUAUGCCUGACUGUAGAAGCGUGUUUCACAUAUACAGAAAAUUCCAAAUCCUACAGUCCUAAACUAACCAUUGCUUACUUGUUGGAGGCAGAAUCUGAGCGGAGGAAGCUGGGCAUGCCCUCUAGGGUAACGUUCCUAACGAAGUCACGCACCGAUCAGGACUUCCAGUCCAGUGGAACCCUGGAGCUUCAGCGACCGAACAAGAAAUUGUGCACCACUGCCCAGCUUCGACUUCAGGACAAUAUCAAAGACAAGCUGCGCAGCAUUCCUGUGGAAUUGUCAGUGUCCAUCCAAGGCACUAGGCGCAAGAAGAGGCAGAGCUCCCUUCCUGAUCUGGUUCCCAUUCUUAACUCUAACCAGCCCAACAAGGUCGGCACUGAGGUCAACUUUUUGAAAGAAGGGUGUGGAAUUGACAAUAUCUGCCAAAGUAACUUGGAGGUGGAGUACAAGUUCUGCUACAGGGAACCCAACCAAGAUGUUUUUCCAGCUUUACCAAGUGAGAAUGGGAUGCCAGUGAUAUCGCUUAGUGACCAAAAGGACAUUGCUUUGGAAGUGACUGUGAAGAACAUGAACGGAGAUGAUGCUCACGAGGCCAGACUUGUGGCGCAGUUCCCCAGUUCCCUGUCCUUCUCAGCAUUUCGCUUUCUGAAGACUGGAGACAAACAUGUGAUCUGUGUUGCCAAUCAAAACGGAUCACAGGCAGACUGCGAUCUGGGAAAUCCAUUCAAAAGAAACUCGGAGGCAAGUCUUUGUGUUUUCUUUAUAGUUCUGUUUUUAUUUUUACUACCUAGGAGUAAAUUUGACAUGGCAGUUCCUUUUCAGACUACCUUCUACAUAAUAUUGAGCACUGCUGGCAUUUCUCUGAAUACAACAGAGGUUGACAUUGGCCUUCAGCUCGAAACGACCAGUGAGCAGGAGAACUUGAGUCUGGUGAAAGCGAAAGCUAAAGUAGUAAUUGAGCUGCUGCUGUCAGUCACAGGGGUAGCCAAACCCUCCCAGGUCUUCUUUGGAGGGGAUGUGAAAGGAGAAAGUGCCAUGAAGUCUGAGGAGGAGAUUGGGAGUUUGAUAAAUUAUGAAUUCAGGAUAAUCAAUCUGGGCAAGCCACUAAAGUCAUUUGGCACAGCCUCCUUGAAUAUCCAGUGGCCCAAGGAGAACGCUGUUGGAAAAUGGUUGCUGUACCUGGUGCGCAUCAGCACCAGUGGCUUGGAAGAAAUCCCCUGCUACCCAGAAAGUGAAAUCGGCUCAGUGCAGCACAUCAAGGAGUCCAGCAUGUCUAGACGAAAACGUGAAGCAGAAGAAGAAAAAGGUUCGCAACAAAGGAAACCUUCUCUUUCAACAGACAAAAGAAAGUACAAAACUCUGUCCUGUAACAAUGGGGCAAGAUGUGUGGAAAUAAAAUGCCCCCUACAGGGCUUGGACAGUAACGCAGUCAUCGUUCUGCGGUCUCGGCUCUGGAACAGCACCUUCCUUGAGGACUAUGUUUCUUUUAGCUACCUUGACAUCUUGGUGAAAGCCUCACUAACCUUAGAUGCCUCAGCCAAGAACAUGCUUCUAAAGAAUGCUGAGACCCAGGUAAGAGUAACAGUGUUUCCAGAGAAGACAGUGGCUCAGUAUGGUGGUGUUCCCUGGUGGAUAAUCCUUGUGGCCAUUCUGGCUGGUAUCCUCAUGCUGGCACUUCUGGUGUUUCUGCUCUGGAAGUGUGGAUUCUUCAAACGCUCAAAGUACGAUGACAGCGUCCCAAGAUACCAUGCCAUACGGAUAAAGAAAGAGGAACGUCAGUUUAAAGACGGGAAAGCAAAAUUCGACAGUCUUGAGAAAAAGCAAUGGAUGACAACAUGGAACGAGAACGAGAGCUAUUCAUAAGAUUGACAGUCUGAAUGAUGCAGGAAGCAACAGGCAGUGGAUGCUUGUCAGACUAAGAUAUUUUUUAUUUUGCACAAUCUAAACAUUCAACUGUACAAACUAAAGAAAGGAAAGACUCUCACAUUGUUGCUCACAAUAUACUUGCUUAGGGCUGUCAUGUGGUGAGGGUAAAUGUUCUUUUAGUCAGCAGGUUUAAGAUGAUAAAGAACAAAGAACAAGGCUUUACAUCUUCACAUUUGCAUCUGGGAUUUUCCUCCUAAUGUGGCUUGAAUUCGUAUUUUCAGUCUCAUGUUUCUUCCCGCCUUUUAGUACAUUUAUUUUUAAAUGCACAGACUGAAAAGAUUUAUGUUUUGUAUAUAUUUAAAUA